AUGAGGACCACGACGGGAACGACACCUGAAUCCGACGUCGACCGGAGGCUCCCACCGGGGACGGUCCAUCUCAUCGACAGGGACGGGACCGAGAUCGCCAGACACGCUCAGGGAAAGGGAGAGAAAGAUGUCAUCCUCGUCCCUGAACCCAGCGCGGACCCGGAGGACCCCCUCAACUGGACGGUGAGGCGCAAGAUUCUGGCGACCAGCUGCAUCGUCGUCUACACCAUCACCAUUGCUAUCCCGUCCAGCGCCGUGUAUUCGAUUGUGACGCCGAUUCUGCAGCACACAUCGUUGGACCUCACUGACAUCAACAACGGUACUGGCAUCAUGUUCCUCUUCUACGGAUGGGCGUGCAUCCCUUGGCAGGCGAUUGCUCUGCAGUAUGGCAAGCGUCCGGUCUACCUCUUCUCCUUGGUUGCCAACAUCAUCAUCCUGGCGACGGCUCCCCUCUGCAAGACAUCAGGGACGUACCUCGCCAACCGUAUUCUCCUCGGCAUGUUCGGCGCCCCCGUCGAGUCGCUCCCCGAGAUCAGCGUUACAGACAUCUGGUUCACCCACGAGCGCCCCAAGUACCUGGCCUUGUACGGGUGGUCGCUGUCUCUCACCGGCAAGCUGGCGCCCAUGCUGUCCGGAUUCAUCAACAUCGGCAUGGGCUGGGAGUGGACGCUUCGGUGGUGUGCCAUCUGGUGCGCCAUGGGCCUCGUAUACUGCUUCUUCGCAAUGGAGGAGACCAACUAUGAUCGGAAGCACACGGCUCCUAUGCCUGCUGCUGUGACCGAGACCCUUUCCCAGGAUGGCGGCGCCGCCUCCAACACGGCCGAUGAGGUUGGGACCGAAAAGGCCCAAGAUUCUGAGAAGAUUCAGGCCUCUGAGCCGGACAGUGAGGUCGGCCAGAUCCAGUGGCCGAGAAAGUCGUACGUGGAUAAGCUUGGCUUCAAGGAUAAGAAGCGUCCCAACCGCCUCGUCGACAUCAUGAUCGGGCCUUUCAAGGGAUUCACAUAUCCUGCUGUCGUCUGGGCUGGCCUCAUGUACGGAGCCAAUAACCUUGUGUGGCUUGGUGUCCAGAAUGCCACCAUCGGCACCGUCUACACGACGCAGUACGGAUUCAGUACGGCCGGUGUUGCUGGCGGCUAUGCCGGAGGUGUCAUCGGUACCAUUAUUGGCGGAUACUAUUGCGGAAAGGUCGGGCGUCUGCUCACGAUCAAGCUGGCCCGCCGCAACGGCGGCAUCUCUGAGCCCGAACAUAACCUCUACCUCUUCAUCGCCAGUUGCAUCCUCGUGCCGUUCGCGUCGAUCCUGUACGGUCUCGGAGUCAAGUACCACGUCCACUGGAUGGCCCUCAUCAUCUCUCAGGUGGCCCUGUCCAUCAACUCGUCCCUCUGCAUCGGAUGCGCCCUAAACUACGCCAUCGGCAGCUACGGUGAGCUCUCGGGACAGAUGGUGACGACGUGUAUCCUCAUCAGGAACACGCUCUCCUUUGCUGUAAACUACGGAAUCACUCCUUGGAUCAAUGCUAGUGGAUACCUCCGCGUUUACUGCAUCAUUGCCGCCAUCUCCCUGGUCUGGAACUUGAGCUUUAUACUCAUGGUCAAGUAUGGCCGUACACUGAGAGAGAAGACUGCUGCCAGGUACUGGCGCGACGUUGCACAUGCCAGAUCCAAGGGUCUUGGCCACUAG